AUGUCAAAGUUUUCAUUAGCUUAUUUGGGGAUGCAGUGUUUUUGGGGAUCGGAAUCAACAUUUGCUUUAUUACCAGGCGUUUUAAAAACAAGAGUUGGGUAUUCUGGAGGCACUGCUCCAUCUCCAACAUAUCAAAAUAUUGGUGAUCAUACUGAAAUUGUUGAAAUUCAAUUUAAUCCAGAAUUAACAAAAUUUAAAGAAAUUAUCAAUUUAUUUUAUUCAAAACACAAUUUUACUUUACCCCAAAAAACUCAAUACAAAUCUGUUAUACUUUAUGUUGAUGAAGAACAAAAGAAAAUAGCUUUAGAAGAAAUGGAAAAAGCUAAAGAAAAAUAUACCAACAAAAAUACAAUUUUUUAUACUUUUUUACAAAAAUUUGACAAAUUUUAUCAAGCAGAGGAUUAUCACCAAAAAUAUUGGCUUCGGUGUGAAAAUGAUAUUUUUAAAGAAUUAAAUUUAACAAAUUCUCAAUUAAUUAAUUCAACUUUGGCAACAAAAAUAAAUGGUUAUUUAGGUGGAAAUUCAAAAGAAGAUUUUAAUUUAUUAAAUAUUUUACAAAAAGAAUAUAAACUUUCCGAUUCUUUAAUUACAAAAAUAAAAGAAAUUGCAUUAAAAGGUUUACAAAUUUUUGAAUUAAAAAUUUUUUUGAAAAUUUUAGGUGGAAUUGGAAAUUGUCAUUAA